AUGCCAUUAUUACUAUUACUGCUAUGUUUACCUGUUGAUGCUACCCAACGCCCUAAUCUCAAGUUUCCCGGCCAUGCGAAACGUCUUCGUGAUCAUCCGGUUCCAGAACUACCAUCACCAUUCGGGAACAAGGUUUAUCUGAAGAAUAAGCUGCUAAACAAUCUGAAUCACUUCUUUCCCGAUACUGAAGAAACCCUGGAGAUGUUGGGAGGGCCACCGGGUCCACAAGAUCAUCCAGUUGAUUCUAAUUCUAUUAUCGAUCAACCAGUCGCCAAGGGAACACCGACAGAGCCGAUGUUUUCCCCGGUUCAGACUCUUUUGGAGAACACAUUCACUCGUGACGAAUCUGUGCAUCAUUUUCCUACUCUAAUACCAACUGAAGGAACCAUUCCGCCACUGCGAAGCUCUACACCUCCGACUUCUGCAUCAACUCCAGCUAAGAUCAGCAACAAAUGUGCUAUUCUUCUGUCAAUCAGAAUUUGA